GCGGUAUUUGACAUUUUUUCCAAAGCUCCGUGGGAGGAGUCGACGGUGUGACUGAUGGAACCAUUAUCCAGGUGAGUUCACACAAGAUCUUAUGAACUGUUGUACUGUAAGUUUUUGUGAGUAGAGUAGAAGUACUGAUUACUAUUUGACACUAGAGUUACACAACUUUUUACUUGGCUUCAGUAUUGAACCUCCAGAUUAAACCAAAGAGCUGAGUCAACUUCAAACACACAGCCCAUGUCUGAAAAAUAAAAACCAGAAACCUGGAUCUGUACAAAAACCAGUUCAACUGCCUGAUGGUUGUUAGUUUUAGUCUCAGAGUCAGGUUGUGGUCUCCAACACAGACUUUACACAGUGAUGUCCAGUGGCAGAGCCUCCUCCCCUCCUCUGAGGUUGGUGUGGAACUAGUCAUGUUUCGCAAGACGGUUCUGAUUUAUUACUGCAAGGUGGACCGGGACAUGUUCAGGUCAAGAAUACCCCACACCACUGCAGUGAUUCGUCGCUGCCCUUUUGUUACCCUGGCACCCAGCAUUUACUCCCACCUGGUGGAGAAGUCUUCUCUGGGGCACUUGGCCCGACGGUGUCCAGUGUUGACAGACUUGGCCUGGAAACAUCUGACCAGAACCCUGUCUUCAACUUCAGUGUCCAAGAAUAUGUCAGAUAAUAAUCAGGAUCAGGGACACACAGCGCCACCUGCUGACCAGACUGCAGGCUCCAAAUGUCCUUUCCUGGCUGCUGAGAUGAUGCAGAAUAACAGCUUGUUUGUUAAAGAGGCCAGCAUAGAACUGAGGCAGGAAGUGAAGGAGAUUCAGUCUUUGUUUUCAGGAAAAACGAGCCUGGGUUUGUCAGUCCUCGAUGUUAUUGAGUCAAACCAUUCAGAGGAACAACAAAAAUCCUCAGAAGUGUCUCAGCUGUUGAAGGAUAAUCUGCCUGAAGGUGCCUUCAGUUAUGACCAGUUCUUUCAAAACAAGAUUGACAAGAAGAAGACCGAUCACAGCUACAGAGUUUUUAAGACGGUGAACAGAAGUGCCUCCUCGCCUCCCAUGGCCGAGGACUACACUGAGGCUCUUCAUGCAGUGAAAGACGUGUCAGUCUGGUGCAGCAACGACUACCUUGGCAUGAGCUGUCACCCAAGAGUCACCCAGGCUGUGAUUGAGACUGUUCAGAAGCACGGCGUCGGUGCAGGAGGAACACGAAACAUUUCAGGGACCAGUAAAUUCCAUGUGGAACUGGAGCAGGAGCUCGCUGAUCUGCACCGCAAGGAAGCUGCGCUGCUGUUCACUUCCUGUUUCGUAGCCAAUGACUCCACCUUGUUCACCUUAGCCAAAAUGCUCCCUGGCUGUGAAAUCUACUCUGACGCUGGCAACCACGCCUCGAUGAUCCAGGGCAUACGGAACAGUGGAGUUAAGAAGUUCGUCUUCCGUCACAAUGACGUCAGCCAUUUACAAGAGCUGCUUGAGAAGUCUGACCCAUCGACCCCAAAGAUUGUUGCCUUUGAGACUGUGCACUCCAUGGAUGGAGCGGUGUGCCCCCUGGAGGACAUGUGUGACAUUGCCCAUAAGUUUGGGGCUCUGACUUUCGUAGAUGAAGUGCAUGCUGUGGGUUUAUAUGGUCCCAGAGGUGGAGGAAUUGGAGACAAGGACAAAGUCAUGCACAAGAUGGACAUCGUCUCAGGAACUCUGGGUAAAUGUGAACACCACGUCAGUGAGAUGAAAUAUUUCACAAACAUCUCCAUCCGUUUUAUAAAUGCUGUAUUCUCAGGCAAAGCCUUCGGCUGUGUGGGCGGUUACAUCGCCAGCACCAGCCCCCUGGUGGACACAGUUCGCUCCUACGCCGCCGGUUUCAUCUUCACCACGUCCCUGCCUCCCAUGCUGCUGGCCGGGGCCAAAGAAUCUGUCAGGAUCCUGAAAAGUGAGGAAGGUCGGGAGCUGAGGAGGAAACACCAGAGGAGCGUCAAACUGCUCCGACAGAUGCUAAUGGACUCGGGACUUCCUGUUGUGCACUGUCCAAGUCACAUCAUCCCUGUCCUGGUUGCUGAUGCAGAGAAGAACACUCAGGUCUGUGACAUCAUGAUGUCCCGCCACAACAUCUACGUCCAGGCCAUCAACCACCCAACCGUGGCUAAAGGGGAGGAGCUGCUGCGCAUCGCUCCGACCCCCCACCACACCCCACAGAUGAUGAACCACUUUGUCGACCAGCUGGUGAAGACGUGGACCGAGGUGGGUUUGGUUCUAAGGCGACACUCGUCGGUGGAGUGUAACUUCUGUCGGCAGCCUCUUCACUUCCAGGUCAUGAGUGAGAGGGAGAAGUCGUACUUCACCGGCCUGAGUCACAUGAUAUCAGCCGUGGCUUGAUAUCAGCCAAAAAUGUCAACCCUAGUUUGGUUAAUUCAUAGAGAUUUAAGGUAUUUGAAAAGAAAAAAGGCCGAUUCCCACUAAAUUCCCUCUGCUGGAGGAUCAUACGAAUACUGAUGGAAGUGAGAGUGUGCGCUCUUCUCAUCUCGACAUCCUCCCACUGUGCACCUGAUUGACAUGAGUGGAUUUCUACACCCACCUGCUGUGUGGGCUUUUACAACCACUCUGUGCUGGAGAACUGAAGCUCUGUUCCUGUUCCUCAGAGCACCACCAUGGGCUCAUGUGUGGAGCACAUUAUGUAAUAUGUAAAGAGCCAGUGGUGGAGCAGCAGUCAGGUGACCACCUCUGCCACCGCGCUGCCGCUCAGCAGGCGACCAAACGUUUGAAUCUUUAAUGUGUUGCCGUUUUAUUUAACAUGAUCUUCUCACACGUGGUGUGUUUUUAGUCACACAAACUGUUGACUGUUGUUGUCUGUUCAUAAGGAAGACACUUUUUUAUAUUGUAAACAGAUGUGUUUGCUGAAAGGACUGACUGUUUAAUCUCCACAUUUAUCAACACUGUAUUCCUGGUUCAUGUUCUUUUUCUUUUCUUUCUUCUCUAGUGAUUCCAAAUGUAGAUCCCUCUGUUCCAGAGUUAGGAACUGAUGUUCAGAUGGAACAGAGUCUCAGACCAGGAUCACACUGGGACUACAGCUACACUGGGGGGAAAAAACUCUAUAUAUCGCCCGGCCUAAAGUAUCACAAUAUAUUGUAUUAUUGCCCUGUAUCGUGAUACGUAUCGUAUCCCCAGAUUCCCCACAAAACACAGCCCUGGUCCCCUGAGAUCAGUCAGAGCAGCAGCCAUGAAGCAGUUUGUGUGUGUGUGAAACUGAUAAUCAAGUAUAACCCUUUUCAGUUCCUUAACUACGAUCAUUUUUUUUAACCAAACCAAACCUAGUUAUGAUGAAGUGGUGAAGUAUUUCUGAUGCUCUGGUUUGUCGCUGGUUAAAGGAUUCAGGGAGUUUUCAAAUCCACUGGAGUCGAUUCACAGUCUCAAACAGAACGGCAGUGGAAACCACUGUGUCCAUGUUCAGCCUUUACUCUCAGUCUGUGUUAAUCCUAAUGCUCUGCACAUCUGUGCACCCCCGCCUCACUCCCCCC